AUAACCUGUAUAUUGGACAAAAAAAAAAGUACAGAAAUCGAAUAAUUUUUAAAAAAGUAAACAGUUUCUGAUAGUCAAAAACAACAAUAAAUGCAAGAAAUCUGGUGUUUCUUCAAGUUGCUCGAAGUGCUGCUGGGCAUUGUGUGCCUCACAUUUCACGUUCUCGGCUUUCUGCACACGGAACCGCUACCACACAACCUUUUCUACUGCGGCACAUUUGCCAGCUUCACAGUCUACGCAGCCUUUGGCAUACUCAACAACUUGUGUGGGCAUGGUCGCACUGCUACCAUCGAAGCCAUAGCCACAACUUUGGGUGCUGUGAUGCAUUUCGCCGCCUCGCUGCUUUCCAUGUAUCAUGCGGAGCAAGACUUUCAUUUAAUGUUUCUCACCGAUACGGAGGAGCCGAAGCAUCGCUACUUUUUCUAUUGUAAGGCGCAAAGUAUUGCCGCUCUGACCACAGGUGGCAUGUAUAUGUUGCAUGCCACGUACGCCUACGAUGCUGGUUUCAUACGUUUCAAGCGUGAGUUGCGCAGUGGGGUCGCGAGUGAUCAAGAAACCGAAGAUGAGGAAUCGCUACAACGCUAUAGAACGCAUAUUGAGAUGUUUGUGUGUGGAAAGUGGGUUCAUAAGAAAUUGUUGCGCUUCAAGUGGUUCCAAGAAUUAGCCACGAAACCAUGAUUGCAAUUUUUCAACUUGAAAAGCUUAUUUGAGCUUUUGAAAAGCUUUUUGUAUUAAACAAAAAUAUUAUAUAACAAUUGAAAAUGUGCUUUAUUUGGGCAAAAGUGUAGUACAGUCUGUAUCGAAGAACUUCGAGUACUCAGAGCCUACAGCUUUGUUGAGGUCGGAACGGGAAAGCACAAUUCAUAUAUAAGUAUGUAUUACGAAUAAUUUGUUUAUAACACAAGCUCUCUUAUUUAAAAUAAUAAACCCUUAUUUAAAAUAAUAAAUCCCAAUAUGAA